UUCAUAUCGCGCAGGACGAUCGAAGAGGCUCGCUUAUGGCGAAUACCUCUUGUUGCCAUGUUGCAGCGUGAUACGCAGUGACAUCGGUACAACGCCACAUCUCGCAGUAAGCGCGAUACGCGACGCGUGCAAUUCGGUGCCGGCGACCCCCCACCGUGGAACAUCGAGCGAGCCCGAAAGCCGCUCUGUGGUCGAAGAGACCCGCGAAACCGGCAAAGUUUCUGCAAUACUCAUCGGGGUGCAGCAGCGCAGGCUGGUAGCGCUCCUGUCGGCGCUAGUCUUCAGUCUGCCAGCGUACUACACGAGCAAGACGCUUUUCGAAUCUUCGUCUGGCGUCGGUGAAAGCACAGUGGCGCCUACGAGACCAGUAGUCGGGAUACCGACAGUCGCUGUAGCACCAAUGGCAAGACAAGCUGCACCACCGGGGCCACCAGCCACCGAGUGGGCGGAGCCACAGCUGUACAGGUGGAUGCCGACGUGCGAAACGGCUGCAUGUAAAAUUCAGGCGAAGUGGCUCGUUCCAAUGAUCAGCAAGCAGGCGAAUCCAUGCUGGGAGACCAAUGCUUUUUUCUGCAGCCACACACCAUUGCCCCGUGCCAAGAAGUCACGCAUUCAGCAGGCUAAACACCGUGGUAGAGCUGUCGCAACGUUGCCUGAGAGCCCCUACCUUGACGUGAAACACAACAUCUUGCGGUUGGCGCCACUUCAGGCAAGGGCUCCCCCAAGCGCCCAGCAACUGCAAGAUGCCUGCCUCAUCUACGCAUCGCAGCGGGUCGACGACGCGGAGAGCGUGCGCAUGUUCAUGAGUCAAUUCAAUCUCGACCUCACUUCGAUGCAAGAUGACAGUGACGAGGAUGUGCUCGGAAGAAUCAUUGAGCUCUCCCUGCAGUACGGUCUGGGCGCCUUGAUCCACAUGCGACCCUUGUUCAACCUCAUCGAGGACCCGGCGAAGCCUUUCAAGUUGAUGGUGGCCGUUGCGAGUUUUGAUAUAGAGAUGCUGUCUAACUGGAGCCACAUAGCCGCAGAUAAAUGGAAACCUGUCUACACAUCGUGCCUCGGAGAUUACGGACCGCAAGAAGGCACGCCGGAACAUGCCCAACUCGUGCAAGAUUUGAUGGCUGCUGACAAAGAAGCUUCUGAAGUGUACCUUAGCGUCGUCGAUCCAACUGGAAUGAAUUGGUGGCAAUCCUUUAUCAGCCUAUGGAACCUUGAGGAAAUUUCUGCGGUGAGCGGGAUACCGGCAGAAACCUGGCUGGCAGGCAUCCGGAAACACGCGCUCGUCGAAUACGACGCUUCGGACGGAAUCGCAACCGGGACCUCGCACCUGCUUGUCGCUGGUUUCGUGCUGCGCCCGGAGAAGCGGUUCGCGAUGCGGAAGCUCAUCGCCUGGCACCUGCUGCGCUCCCUCGUCGCCCCCAAGGAUCUCUGCCUCAACGCCUACAACGCGGCGAUCGCCAGUCGCAGCAGCAACAAUAGCCCACGAGUCGUGACCUCGGACACUGUUUGUAAAGAGAUGCUCAAUUUCACUGGGAAUAUCGAAGGACAUGCCAUUUACCUACUUGAAGGUGGCGACGCUGUUCCCACGGAGCGGUUGCUGAAGGUCACGCUGAUGAUGGCGCGGAUACAGCGCACGAUGGCCCUCACUGCACUGGGAGCAGCGCGGGUACGCACCACCGACGAAGACACUUCCUUCCCAAGUGUGUCGUUUCCCAAAGCAACCGUUGGCUCGACCGCCUCUGGAGUGCUCCCAAACUUGUUUGCCCGCAUGGAUGAGCUUCCCGGGGGCUUCGUCGCCGAUUGGCUGCGGAGGAAACGCGCGUGGCACGGGCUGCCGCCGCUCUUGCAGGGUCACCUGGACACCCUGUCCAGGGCGGCCGCGGACUUCAAGGAAGUUCUGAAGUACUUCGAGCCGCCGUAUUACUACGAAGACGGACUGGCUUCUUAUAACUACGCUGUUCUGGGACAGCUGAUUGCCUACGCCGUUGCAAACUUCGGCCAGCGCUUCAGGAGCGAGGGCAAAAUUUGGAACGAUUACUGGAAUCGGUGGAACACACUGGACUACAACAGUGUUUACUGCGUCUACGCCUCAACGGACAAGAGCUACACAAAACAGCCGCAGAAGAUCGCUGACGAGAGCUUCGAUGGAUACUUCAGUGGGCGAAACUACAUUCGCCAUAUACGUGCGACGCGUUUAGCUCACCUGGCCUUCAGGCGCGUUCCUUUCGCUCAACAGCAAGUGCUGCCGGGGAUCAGGCUGUCGCCUACGCAGCUGUUUCAGGCCGCGUACUGCGCCUUUAGCUGCACACGCCGCGUGGAGGGGAAUGCGACGCUGUACCCUGAGAACAUGGCCUGCAUGGUGAUAUUACUGCACUCAAGAGGCUUGGUGAACGCCUCGUGCGAGAGCACCCAGUACCGAGCUAAUCAGCCCUGCUACUACGUAUAAGCGCCUGUAUUGUUUUUAUGUGUUGCUUUUAUCGGGGGGAGGGGGGUGUUGCGUGUAUUCGAUAAAGUCAUUCAGUGCUGCAGCAAGACUGUUAAGUUUUAUCAACAAAAAAAACAGUUCAGUGCCUAUUUAUCGGCAAUUGCUAGAGAAAGGCGCUAGUGUUACGUCGCAUGCCCUUGAACUUCCUAAUCCACGAUUUAAACCGCAUUCACAACAUUGCAAAGGGUUCUUCAGGAGCGCACUGGGCACACGUCAUGCUUCUUCGAGGAGCGAAGUUAAACUGACAGUGGACCACAGCAAGCCUUGGUAAGGUGCAUUAUAUACAUAUAUAAUCAGCAUACUUUAUCUCUACUGCAGGACGAAUGACUGUCUCAGCGGUAUCCAAUUAUCCUUGUCUUGGGAUAGCUCGUGCCAACUUGCUCCUGCAAUUUCCUCAACUCAUCAUCCACUUAAUUUUCUGCCGUCCUCGACUGCACUUGUCUACCUUUGGCACCCAUUCCGCAACUCUAAUUGUCCACCGCUUAUCUGGCCCACGUGUUAUUAAAUGGCAUGCCCAGCUCAAUUUUUCAUAGCGCAGCUCUUAAGCGCCCGCUCCUGCGUCGGCGUAACCGAGCGAACGAGCACAGCCAAGGAUGAAAGAGC